UUGCCAAAAUGCCGUGUUGUGCGGUGGUAGUUUGCCGAAAUAGGAGUGAAAACAUCAAAUAUAAUCCCCACGGCGUCAGUUACCACAUGUAUGUACCAAUGUGCUACAUAAUGGAAACAAAAAUGAAAUCUAGGCUUGCUAAGAAUACAUUGCUGUCAAUGGAAAUAAAUAACUUAGUUGUAAGCGCUCAAUGCCUACUUUGCUAAGUGAUACGUCAGCAUUGGUUGAUACCUUGUAAAUUGCAACAGCCGGGGAAACGCUUUUUUGUUUUUAUAGCAGUAGGGAAACUAUCAAGUUGUGAUAGUGAGUGAAAUCCACUGCGCAUCACUGACAUUUAAAUCGAACGAUUUAUUGGACAUCCAGCAAAUUGCAAUGCACACACCGUACGAAAAAGCAAAGCUGCCACUGAUUUUCAAUACCUAUAGAUUUCCCACUGACCCGGUAAUCAAAAACAAAUGGAUUGAGGUGUGCAGAAGAGGACCCAAGUGGGUACCAACGAGAACAUCAACAAUAUGUUCAUUGCACUUCGAAGAAAUAUAUUUUCAACCGUUGAAAAUUAGAAGACUUUUUGAAUGGGCAAUCCCAACAUUGAAGAUUAGUCAUACUGACAGAUCGGUAUCACCGCCACCACGUCCUCCAACGCCACCGCCAACGUCAGAUAUGCUACUAUCAAUUCCCGGACUAGAACCAGAUGAUACGUUGGAUUUUGAUAAUGUUGAUAAUGCAAAUAAUUCUGAGGAGUUUAUACAAGAAAUAAAUGGCAAUGAACCCCUGCCAUUGUUGUCUCUAUCGCCUACUCUGGAGAAAAUGGUCCCUCUGGAUUUAGACGCUGAAAUUAGUACAGUCCAACUUGAAAAUAAAGAAUUGCAAACGCAAUUAAAAAAUCUCAAUUUAUGGUGAAAAAAUUGAGACGACAAAAUAUUUUAUAUAAACAAAGGACAAGCCGUUAUCGAAAAAGGAUAGAAUUUUUAGAAAAACAAUUGAAAGAAAUCAAAGGUGUUACUCCUGAACCUGAGGCCGAACCGUCUGAACAACAAGACGCGGAACCAGUGAUAGAAUUUAUAUAUUUGUAAACCUAACAUAAAUUCCUAUAAUUAUAUAUUAUAAUGAUUAACUUAAGCCAAAAAUAAUUCUGAAUAUAUGUUUUAAGCAUUAAUUUAAAUGGCAUUUCUGCAGUAUUAAUAUUCAAUACAAGAUUUUAUGAACAAAAAGCUAUUGUAACUUUGUAGUUGUUGGAUGAGUACUGUUAAAAUCACUUCUUUAAUACUAAGUAAAACUUUAGUCUCAAAUAACACGCACAGUGUUUAAUCGCCAUGAAACUAUGUAGUUCAUAAGAUUUUGCGGCACAAAGCCUCUAAAACUACCUACUGUAUUCAAUUAUAAGUAUGUUACAUAAUUAUUAUAACUAUUAUCUUAUUAUAGAAAUCGAAUUGAAAAAAGACAUUAAUAUUAAACGUAACUCAUUAAAUUAUUUAAGUGUAACUUAAGAAAAAAUAUCCUAGUAUUAUAAUAAUAUAUGUGUCUUCUAGUCAAUAAAAAAAUAUAA